AUGGCAUUCGGAGACGUGAAAACUAAUCAAGGCCUCAGUGAAUUAAACUCUUUCUUGGCUGAUAAGAGUUAUAUAUCAGGAUAUACACCUACUCAAGCCGAUUUUAAAGUAUUCGCAGAAGUCGGUAAGGCACCGGCCGCUAGUUUGCCGCACGCUCUGCGUUGGUACAAUCACAUCGCAUCGUACUCUGCUGCUGAACAAAAAGCUUUACCUGAAGGAAUAAGCCCACUUAGCGCAGGAGCAAAGCCCACAACUGCCCCAACAUCCAGUAAAAAGGAGCAAGAAGAUGAUGAUGAUGAUGUCGAUCUUUUCGGAUCCGGUGAUGAGGAAGAGGAUGCUGAAGCAGCCAGAAUUCGUGAAGAACGUUUGAAGGCUUAUGCUGAUAAGAAGGCGAAAAAACCAGCCCUUAUUGCUAAAUCUUCCAUUAUUCUUGAUGUAAAACCAUGGGAUGAUGAGACAGAUAUGAAUGAAAUGGAAAAACAAGUUCGCACUAUUGAAAUGGAUGGUCUUCUAUGGGGUGCUUCGAAACUUGUACCAGUGGGCUAUGGUAUCAACAAACUGCAAAUUAUGUGUGUUAUUGAAGAUGACAAAGUGUCAGUUGAUCUCUUGACUGAGAAAAUCCAGGAGUUUGAAGACUUUGUCCAAUCUGUGGACAUUGCAGCAUUCAACAAGAUU